AUGAAGACUCAGAAGUGCCAAGGAGUUGCACCAACAUUGCCCCCGUGCAGACGGAAACCUCGUUUCCACCUACGAGGCAGGAAGAAAAAGGACAGGGUGAUUCAAGGCAGGCUUCGCAUCCGCUCCUUGCCAGGAGCGUUCCUCAUUCUGGGGGGUUUUGUGGUGGCUCUUGGUACUGCUCUGGCUGUGGCUGGGUACUGGCCCUACAGGUUAUCAAGAUCAUCAAUCCCGGAAAAUCCUGAGGAGGAGCAGAGCGUCGAGUCGCAGACAUCUGCUUGGAAUCUGGGCGCCAAGGGGCUUCUGUCCUCAGCUGGUCUUCUUCAUGGUGAGCGGAUGAAGCUGCUGGGACCGGUCAUCAUGGGGGUGGGACUCUUCAUUCUCAUAUGUGCCAACACAGUUUUAUAUGAGAACAGAGAUAGAGAGACCCAGAUGCUGCUUGCUCAAAUGCAUAACAUUAUCUGCUCCGUGUCUGCGGCUGUGCCCUCAGCAGGCCUCAGGGACGCAGCUGCAAACUCCAUGACCAAACACUAUCAGUGGGUGAGCACUCUGCCCGCUACUCAUCUCAACAUCCUGUGUCUGCAGCAGCUGACGAGCUCCGAACCUCUGCUCCAGACCAGAUACACCAGAGACCACACGGAGAGGGUAGAAGGAAAGUACCAGCAAGCUCUUCUCCAGACCGAUGCACUCCAUCACCAAGAGUCAGAGCCACCUCCUUCCAUGUCCUCUUCCUGUUCUAACUUGUGUAAUAACUGUCCGACAGAUUCACAGACGAGCGCUGAAUGGGGGACCAACUCAGGGCCACAGACUCGCCCGCUUCUUAAGCUCAACGUCAGUCUGGUGUCUUCCAGCUCUAUGUCCAACCUCGAACUAGAAGAUGCGGAUGUCCCGGCUGCCCAGCCGAGGCGAUGCCACAGCAUGAGCCACAGGACUUGUCCUUACCAAACCCAAACUGGGGUGAGUCCGAUGUUGGGGCUCUGUACGGUCCAGAAGGAAAGUCAGAUCAAUCCAUUGGAAGUUCCCAGAGGAGAGACCGGUUCCCAAGUUUGUGUGAACAUCCCAGGGCAGUUUGUUGAUGCCAUGAAGGUGCUGAGCCAUCAGAGCUGGCCUCGUUUAGACCUCGGAGGUGGAAGACGAUACCUGAAACUGGAGAACAAAGAGGACUCUGUGGACAAACUGCUGGACCAGCUGGAGCAACAGUGUUCUUCCUGCGAGAAGAGCUUUGGCUCUGGGCCGUUCCAGUGAUGCGUGUUACUUACUG